GAAACGUUGAAGAUAAAGGGUACGUUGUAUAAACCAACUUACAUUUUAUUUCCAAAAAGAGCUAAUGUGAUUAAAUAACAAUUCUCACUGACGGUGCGCAGGACCUUCUAAAGGCUACACAGGUGACCUCCGACUGAGAAUAUGGCCCAUGUUUGGUUAAUUUUGACCUUUUUUCUAAAGCUGCUGUUUGAGUCUUGUGGUGGAGAGAAGACAGCUGACUCCCUUAAACUUGAUAUCCCACGUCUAACCAGAAAAUAUCUACCGUGUACUGGAAACCUAACUUGUGUCGUUAUGUGUUCGGUGUCGGGUGUGAAACAAGCUCAGCUCUCAUGGUUCAACGGAAGCACUAUUUACACGAGCCUCAACAUUUCUGACAGCAACAACAAAGUAUAUAUUGGAGUGGAUUAUCAGGAUAAAAACAACUACAGCUGUGUGGUGUCCAGUUCAGGCUUCAAUCAGUGGACAAAUCUCGACAUUCACAGUCUCUGUCAGUCAUGUUCAGGCACAAACCUAACAAAAGUGGAUGUGAAUGAGGGGCAGUCCGUGACUUUACCCGCUAACUUGACCAAUGAUCAGGAUGAGGUCCUGUGGUUGUAUGAAGGAAACAAUCUCAUUGCUAGUCUCACCAAUGGUAGUGAAUCAUAUCAUGACUGUAAAGAUGGGAGAUUCAAAAACAGACUGCAGCUGGACAUCACGACUGGAUCUCUCACCAUCCACAUCAUCAGAAACAUUCACUCGGGACAGUUUAACGUAAAAAUCAUUAAGUCUUUUCGCGUCUUUGACUGCCAGAUUUAUAAAGUCACUGUCCACCCAUAUCUUCCCACUCCUAUCAUCACCAGAAACUCUUCGAAAUGUUCAACAUCAAACAUAUCAAAAUGUGACGUGACAUGUUCAGAGGUGAAUGUGACACAUGCGAGUCUCUCCUGGUACCAUGAAAACAGUUUGAUCUCCAUCACCAGUGUGUUUAGGCUGAACAGCACCAACAUAUCUUUGUGUCUGGAGGUGGAAUAUCAGGAUCCAAACAACUACAGCUGUGUGGCUAACAACUCGUUCACCAACAGCACUGCACAACUCCACAUCAAUGAAUUAUGUAAAGAUCAACAUAAUAAUCUGCGUUAUCUUGGAUUUCUUGUUCUUCUUCUUGUUCCUGCUAUUCUUUGCCUGAUCUAUUGCCUGAGAAAGAACUGUCAAAGAGAUGCCAGAAGAGGUCAAACUGCGGUCUCAAUUACUGCUGCACAAGAAAAUGAUACCAGUGGAGGACAACAGCAGACCAGUGGCACUGCUGCACAAGAGGAUGUAUGUGCAUCCGGACAGGGAACACCAGGCAACGAUGCUACUGAAGAGACAAGCCUGAUAAUUCAGCCACCAUCAUCACAGGAGUCAAUCCCCUUAAAUACACUUUGCUGUUCAAAGUAACAGUGACCUUCUGUUUUACAUGUAACACUAUAAACAAUUAGAAGUUUGGAAUCACAGGGAAUCUUCAAGUUUCUGAUAAAGAGUCGAAUCACAUCACAACUUGACACCAGUCCACAUAUCUGUCGUGACUUUACCAUUAAA